CCCUCAUGUCUUUGAAGUAGUGGUGGCUGUGGGUUUAUGCUAGCAGCAUUAGUAUGGACCGGGAAGCGGGUUCACUGAGUGAAAGGGACUUGGUUGAGGCUGCCUGUAACAGGAUUAUGUGGUUAUGGUGAGGUGGAGCGGCUCCCGGUGUAACUCACUGUGAACUGAAUAGGAUUUCUGUGUGUCUGGUCUGGUCAGGGCCCGGGCUACUUUCCUCUCCCCCCUCUAGUUGAGAUAAUCCUUCACUGUUUUCUUCUCAGCACACCGGCUAACCGGUCCACCUUUAGCAUACUUAAUCUACACACAAACACACACACACACACACACACAUGGAAAAACACACUGGGUUGAGCCUCAUUUUCUCCUCCAACACACUUACGCAAACACACACAGAGGAAUAGAAAGGACAGAGAUGGCAAGCCGCCCUGGAGAAUAGGGGCUCCCACUAUUUAAUAAGGGUCGGUCACACGAACAACACUGCUGCCUUGAUGACCCAUCAAUGACAUGUUAAAUCAGAUGAACUUCACGUUGGAGGAUGCAAAGGAGUUGGGAGUGUCUGGAGUUGAUUGGCUACAAAGACGUUGUUGACUUAACCAAUCAGAAGAGAAAACAUCCCAUCCCAGGAUUUGAGUGUGGGUAACAUCCUCUUCCCAGGGGGUCUGGACAUUUAGAUCAAAACAGGGGCAGAUGUAGCCUUUUACACAUGGAUAAAAGGCUAUUCAGGAAACCCUCCUUUAAAGAUGAAUCAUAGAUAAUAUGCUGUCUAUCGUCCAAUUACAGAUGAUUCACCAGGCCCUAAGCACUUGUGGAGAUCUAAGAUUACAAUAAAUAUCUAAUUGCAUACAUCGGAACAGUAACCUAAUGGUGGCACCUGUCCAAUCUUCUCACAUCUUGUGCACUGGGGUCAGGGGUUAGCGUAAGUGUACAUUAAGGAUUGGGCUAUACAUUAUAUGGCAGCUUGUUAAUCUAUUAAUCAAGCUGGAUUCUGAGGAGUGUUUCCAGGCUACCACAGCCUCUGCUUUGAUUUGUGUCAGUAGAGGCUGUUCUGAGGACUGGAUGCCAUUGUCAUGGUAAUCACCAAACCAACCCAAUCACCAGCCACACCCCCAAACCAUAACCCCUCACCACUAGCCCCACCCCAAGUCCUAACUCACAAAACCGAUCCUCUUACUACUAGCCCCUCAUCACAUAGUCCCAGAUCCAAUAUUCUCUUAGCCCCAGACUCAACCCGGCCUAAACCCAACUUGUUUAUUGGCCCAAAAAUAACAUACAUGUCAACUGUACAGAGAUUGGAUGACCUACAUGCAGGGUGGAUGUUUCUGACUGAGCCCUUGUGUUGCAGAAACCCACCCCAGUCUGAGUCAAUGCCCCCCUAUGUAGCAGCCAUGACCCCAGAGGAGACCCUGGGCCUGCAGGUGGGCAGCCCUGUAGGGGAAGGGAAGGCCUUGACGGAGGUGGGGCCAGGGGAGGAAUCUGAACCCUGUCCCCAGGAAGGGAUGGACUGCUUCUGCCACACUACCUCAAUGACUCACAGCCCCACCUCUGACAGCCUGAGCAGUGAGGAGCCGCUCUGCCGUAUCUGUCACGAGGGAGGGGGUGUCGGGGAGCUGCUCUCCCCCUGCGAGUGUGCGGGGAGUCUGGCCGCGGUUCACCGGGCCUGCCUGGAACACUGGCUCACGGCCUCCAACAGCAGCCGCUGUGAGCUCUGCCACCACCAGUACUCGCUGGAGAGACUGCCCAAGCCUCUCACUGAGUGGCUGGGAUCGCCAUCCAUGCAGCACCAGAGAUGGACGCUGUGCGGAGACAUCAUCUGCUUCCUGUUCAUCACUCCGCUCGCCAGCCUAUCAGGAUGGCUGUGUGUGCAGGGUGCCAUGGACCUCUAUUACAGUAACAGUACGGAAGCCGUGGGACUCAUCGUGCUAACUCUGGCUCUCUUCACGAUCUACUGCUUCUGGACUCUGGUGUCGCUGCGUUACCACAUCCACCUGUUCAGGACGUGGAAACGGACAGACCAGAGAGUGAGGUUACAGAUGGCCCGACCACCACCGACCCCACACACGUAUCACACACUGAAACACAGCUUCCUAAGCAAGGACACCAACAAGGAGACCGUGGUUUAGCUGGAAGGGUACUGGGUGCAGUUUACACUCCUCCUGGACACAGACUGUGGUGUAUCCAGAAUAGAUCUGGGUUUACUCUGCAAGGAGAAUGCUGUAUCUGGAUUGGAACAAGGCCGAACACAUCUAAAGGACAACGUCUUUAUGAUCAUCAAGGAUGCAAGGACAUGAGGUGCAUUUCUAUUUGAACCAGGUACCAUCUGGUAUUCUUUUUUUUUAAACAACGACUUGGCACAAGAAGACGGUGAGUAGCCUGAGGAUACUUUUCUACCAAGCAAGCUUUGGGGGACCAAACUUCUCUCUGAAGAACAUUUUUCAUAUAUUUAAUUGACAGCAUUCUUUUGGAGACUAUAUUUCAAAAGAUCAUUCUGGGACAAGAUUACAGUGAAAUUUCCCAGUUCAUGUAUGACCCUGUUAAAGUUAUAUAGAAUAGAAAAACUCUGCCUAUGUAAGUCUG